AUGCGUUACGUUCUCGUCUCAGGCGGUGUCAUCUCCGGAGUGGGCAAGGGCAUCAUCGCCUCGUCCACGGGUCUUCUCCUGAAGACCCUUGGAUUGAGGGUGACUAGCAUCAAGAUCGACCCUUAUCUGUCGGUCGAUGCCGGUCUCAUGGCUCCCGCCGAGCACGGUGAAUGUUUCGUGCUGCAAGAUGGCAUGGAGGUAGAUCUCGAGGAGCGACAGUCUCCCCCCUUGUCAGGGGCAACGCAGCCGCCAUAUCAUAACAGCAAGUCUGACUCCGAUGCUCGCAACACAGACCUGGGCAACUACGAGCGCUACCUGGCCAUCCGCCUUACGGGCGAGCACAACAUCACCACCGGCAAGGUAUACCGUCACGUCAUCGAGAAGGAGCGUCGCGGCGACUACCUCGGAAAGACGGUUCAGGUCGUCCCCCACGUCACCGAUGCCAUCCAGGACUGGAUUGAGCGCGUGGCGAAGAUCCCUACCGAUGACUCUGGCGAGGAGCCUGACGUCUGCAUUAUUGAGCUUGGAGGAACUGUUGGUGAUAUUGAGAGCAUGCCCUACGUCGAGGCAUUGACUCAAUUGCGCCACAGAGCAGGAAGCGGCAACUUCAUCCAGAUCCACGUCUCCUACGUGCCCACCAUCCACGGCGAGCAGAAGACGAAGCCCACACAGCAUGCAGUCAAGACGGUCCGCAGCUACGGUCUCGUUCCCGAUAUGAUUGCCUGCAGAUGCGAACAGCCCCUCAUGGAGCCCACCAUCCGCAAGAUCGCUCUCCUCUGCCAGGUCGACGUCCCCCAGGUUCUGGUGGUCCGUGACAUGCCCACCAUCUACCAGGUUCCUCUGCUCCUGAGCGAGCAGGGCCUGAUCCCCUGGCUCCGCAAGGCCGUCAACCUUGACGCUCUCCACAUUCCCCAGGCCCGUAUCGAGCAGGGCGCGGCUCUGUGGAACACCUGGGCAUCCGUCGUCAGCCGCCCCUACGAGGGUGAGCUGAAUAUUGCCCUCGUCGGCAAGUACGUCCAGUCUCAGGACGCCUACCUCUCCGUCGUCAAGGCCCUGGAGCACUCUUCGAUGCACCUUCGCAAGAAGCUCAACAUCAUCUGGGUCGAUGCCGAGCACCUCGAGCCCAAGGCCAAGUCUGAGGACCAGGCCCAGUACCACAAGGCCUGGCACUCCGUGUGCACCGCCUCCGGCAUCAUCGUCCCCGGCGGUUUCGGCACGAGAGGCACUGAGGGUAUGAUGGCAGUUUCCAAGUGGGCCCGUGAGAACGGCACCCCCUUCCUUGGUGUCUGCCUCGGCUUCCAGACCGCCAUCAUCCAGUACGCCCGCGACUUCCUCAACCUCGCCAACGCCACCUCCGAAGAGUUCAACGGCGAGGCUACCGAGAAGGUCGUCAUCUACAUGCCCGAGCUGAACCGCAACAACCUCGGCGGCACCAUGCGUCUCGGUCUCCGUCCCACCGAGUUCCAGCCCGGCAGCGAGUGGUCCAAGCUGCGCAAGCUGUACGGCGAGGCCCAGUCGGUGGAGGAGAGACACCGCCACCGCUAUGAGGCCAACCCCGCCCACGUUGAGAAGCUCCAGGAGGCCGGCCUCAACUUCGUCGGCAAGGACGAGACGGGCGAGCGCAUGGAGAUCUUUGAGCUCAAGGACCACCCUUACUUCGUUGGAACUCAGUUCCACGCCGAGUACCAGUCCAAGGUCCUCAACCCCAGCAGACCUUACCUCGGCUUCAUCGCCGCCGCCGCCGGCUGCCUCGACGAGGUCAUCAAGGAGCAGCUCGCCGCCUCCAAGCUCACCAACGGCGUCAAGCACGUCGUCUAA